GUGAGAGGUCGCACGCACAGACAGUAUUGUUGUUUGUGUGACAGGUGAAGGUGAUUUCAGCUUAACUGUUCACAUUGCCUUGUUAGUUGUGUUGUAAACAUCUGUAGUUCUUAACAGUGAGACAAGUGAUGGCUGUGUGGAGUCUGUGGAUACUUUGUAGUCUCGCACUACUCUCUGUAAAGGGCGACUCAGCUAUGUAUAUUCGUGACUGUUCUGAUGAAAAAAGAACGAUCAUAGAGGAAACUAAAGUGACUUUGAUUUGCGGCCAAUAUCAAACCAGGGUAGAAUGGUCUUGGUCUUACUCUAACUGGCCGAGGAAUACAAUUGGUUACUGCAAUGUCACAGGGUGUGGCAUAUACAUCGGACUUAAAUUACCAAUAACAUUAUCCAAAUUAACUACAUCCGUCUCAGGGAUUUUUGAGAGUCGACUUGACAUCAGCGAUGUUACAAGACAGCAAAACUAUUCUUACCAUUGUCGCAAUACCGACUCGGGAAAAACAGCAACAUGUGGAUUACGGGUAAUCGCACCUGCUAUCAUCGUUGGUGACAACUGCGAUGUGCGGGUCUCAGAGUGGCAGAUAUACGGUUCAUGCGCAGUGGAAAGGAUGUACGCGUCGGAUGGUGUUUAUACUUGCAUAUGGCGCGAAGACAAUACGAAGAUCCAUGAAAGAUUUCAAGAUACCAUAACUUAUUAUGUCUUGGACUCCAGAAUUUACGGAAGAGGAGUUUGCUCCUUUAGUCAAAAUAUGCCUGUUGACCAGGGCAGCUACACCUACAGUAUGGAUAUAGAUCCUGGUUCCCAGAAUAUCUUCUAUAAAACCAUAAAUAUAGUUCCUCCUGGUGAACCUAGCCACGACUGUCCAGAAACUGUUUUUGUGGGAUCCAAUGUCAGCUGCAAAUGUACGUCUUCAAAUCCAGGAACUCCACCUGCCGAAUUUGCUUGGGAUGGAAGUGGUACUGAUACAUUAUUUCUCCAAGAUAUUCGGCCCGAAAAUACCACCAUCAACUAUUCAUGUCGGCUGAUAUGGGGUCCUAACGGAUAUAUCAACCGCACAAUUGUUUACACUUUGCGAAUAGCAGAAAACGAAAGAGAAAAGAACGCUAAAGGAGGCAUCAUUGGUGGCUGUGUGGCAGCUGUUUUCAUUCUAGCUAUCAUCGGAAUUGUCAUCGCUGUUUACAUCGUUAAAAGGCGGAAAGGAAAGUGUGGAAGAGGAAACAUUAACCUGAGAUUUUGGCAAUGUCUCUGCAAAUUCUUUCAUCGAAAGAAGCCACCAGCUACGCCCUAUGCAGUGGUCAACAAGCCCAAGCCACAGAUUCCCAUCAGGCGCCAGGCGGCUUCGUCCGGCGACCUCUACACCGUCGCUAUGACAACGACAUCUAGUGACCUCAAUGGCGAAUAUGUAACAAUCUGUGAAACUAAGGAGGAUGCAGUUUCUGAAAUAAACAGUGAAGGAAAUAACCUGGCGAGCCAGGGCGAGCAGGAAACGACAGAAUGGAGGACUGCAGUCGCGCCGGCAAUGAAAUCCAAACCAAUGACACCAGGAACAAGAAAUAUCAGGGAAAUACCAGGCUACAUGAAUGUCACUGAAGUACCGACUGAUUCUGGUUUGGGUGUCUACCACGUGGUUCCCAGUGCUGUAACGCCUACAGGAUUAAAGCCAGAAAUAUUGAACAAUCAUGAAGCAGGGAUUUCAGAAGAGGAGUACCAUGCCCUACACUUUGAAGAGGAUCGGACUGCACAGGAGGACCAAGCUUCUACCUACCACCAUCUGCAACAUGAAUAAAGUAUAAAAACUGUAUUUAACACUACAGUGGAAACAUUUACUUUAAUAACAAAUAUUCUGAAUGAGUGUAAAGUGUAUUUUUAUAAAACUGAUUUAAGCAAUAGAUUGAUGGCAGUUGAUUUACCCACAAACAACUUUUGAUAUGCAAUGUAGUAACCGAGCGAAAAAAAAAUACAGGGAACAACGCUCUAGGCUAAUUUAAAGUAUGUUUUUCUUAAAGUUUACUGCUUCUGACAAUUAUCAAAAGUUAAGUUUAUGUGUUAUAUGUAAACUUAAAUAUAUACUAUAUCUAUAUAUAUAUAUAUAACUAAUAUCUUUCACCGUACAGGUAAUUUUAUCUAGUGUGUGGAAAUUUUAUUUUUUUUAAAGUUUAACAUAUGCAUGUCAAUAUUAUAACAUUAAAUGUUGUCCUUUCUUUGAAUACUGUUACUCAUCUCUUUUUUUGCAGUAUUUAAUGCCUGUGAAGUUUUUAAAAUCAUAAUAAAAGAUUGUGACAAAAGAUUUUCAUUUAUAUUGAAUGUUUGAGCUGUAUGAGUAUUUUUGUUGAGCCAACUGUCAGUUUUUCUUGUUUGUACCUUACCUGGAAAUUCAUAAAAUACUGAUUGUGAUGUUGGUUUUAAGUAAAAGCAAAUAAAAUAAUGACAUCUCUUCAGCCUUUGUGUUAUUUUUUAAUUUGAUUUUGGUCCUGUUGUAUGUUCUUCGAAUUACUACAUUUAAAACAAGUAAUUUGUUCCCUAUUUUAUUAUAUUAUAGUUAUCUACUCCUCCUAGCAUCUUUUUUGUUUUUAAUUUUUUUUUUCUUUUUCUUCAUUUGAUUUUUACUGUUUAAUUAUUUUACAGAAGUAGGAAUGUUUUUAACUAUUUUUAUAAAUAGUUAUUUAUAGGACUAAUAGUCGGACAAAAACACAUUUGUCAUUACUAAACAAAAAGCACUCGUAAUGCUGACAAACAUUUUACAAAGCUCUGUUUUAAUGGUCGCAUAUUUUCUACACAAGGAACAUAUUUCUGCCUGGCGUAUCGUCCCGUAUGACUAUAAAAACAA